GUAGUCCCCACUCUGACCCACACUCCAACGCAGUAGGUGGCGGUAAUGCACCUUUACGCUGGUGCCUCCCGCCAAUAAAAGCACAAGAAGAAGAGUGAGCCGGAAGGAGACGAGCGGAAUCAUGGCUGAACCGGAGUCCCAGAAGGUCAUCAAGCUGGUCCCAGAGUUCCUCCUGAAGAAGAGGAAAGCCUAUCAGGCCAUCAAAGCCACCCAGGCCAAGCUCGCACUGCUGGAGAAGAGGAAGGUCGCUAGAGGGAAGCCACUAAACUUCAAGCGUCUGGAGGAUUUCCUGAAGGAUGGACACAUCAAGCACCGAGACGAGACCCGGAUCCGGAGAUCCAAACACCGGCCGGCGCCUGCUCUGCCCCCGGCGGGGAACAAGUUGGCCUUUGCCGUCCGCAUCAGAGAGAUCAAAGGCGUCAGCCCCAAAGUCAGGAAGGUGGUGCAGAUGAUGAGGCUGAGGAAGAUCUUCAGUGGAGCCUUCAUCAAGAUCAAUAAGACGUCCGUGGCCAUGAUGAAGGUGGUGGAGCCGUACGUGGCGUGGGGGUUCCCUAACCUGAAGUCGGUCCGGGAGCUCAUCCUGAAGCGAGGUCAGACGAGGAUCGGCAGGAGGCGGGUUCCUCUGACGGACAACGCGCUGAUCGAGCAGCACAUGGGUAAACAUGGGAUCAUCUGCUUGGAGGAUCUGAUCCAUGAGAUCUUCUCAGUGGGGAGGAGCUUCCGGCCCGCCAACAACUUCCUGCUGCCUUUCCGUCUGUCGGUGCCGCGUCACGCCGCACGCGACAAAGCGGGUCUCCUGAAGGACCUGGGGGGGCCGGGCUUCCGCGGCGCCGACAUCAACGCCAUCGUCAGACUGUUGAACUGAUCCGGACCGCAGCUGCUGUGGGUUUGAGGAGAACCGGACCACAGUUCUGCUGCUCCAUGACUCGCCCCAGAUUACACCCAGAAACUUUGCUGGAGGGGUCACCGUGCACGUGUGUGCACGUGUGUGCACGGCGGAGGAAGACUUCUGCUCCUGCAGGAGCUCCUGAAUGAACACUUCCUAUAAGAAGACGACUAAAUAAAGUUUUUCUACUAAA